CACUUGUAUCCACACGUUUUCAAACGUUGGAAGAAAUGUUCGUACACCCCUCUUUGACGUCAUCGAUGGUUUGUCCCUAACGAAAUGUGAUGACUUUUGUUCACUAGAUUUAGAACAUACCUGCAUAGGAUUUGGAAAGAGAAGGAGGUUCUUUAGCACACGUUGAACAAAACGUUUGCUAUACAAUGGAGACAACAGUCUGUGGUUCGUUCACUGUUUUAGUUUUGGCUGCUUUUGUCUUUUCUGGGGAACAUGUCGUCGCCGACCAUGGCUUCACCCACCGCGAGUCUCUGGACGAGGAAGGCAAGUUCCAACUGUUGUGGAAGUUUGACGACGAGAAGAUCGAGUUUGAGGCCCAGGUGCAGACGACAGGAUGGGUCGGCUUGGGUCUGUCCCCGAACGGAGGCAUGCCGGGAUCCGACAUCGCCAUCGGAUGGGUCAAAGACGGGACUGCACAUCUGACGGAUCGGUUUGCAGAAGCAAAGGCGCAGCCCCCUGUGGACGAGAGUCAGGACUGGGAGCUGGUGUCUGGGAGCGAGAACGGGACUCACACCGUCCUGAGGUUCAGCAGGAAGCUGACGACCUGUGACGACAAAGAUCGCGUCAUCAACGAGGACACCAUGCGGGUUCUGUGGGCAUGGCAUGACGACGACCCCGAGGACGAGUCUGGUGUGAGCGGCCCGGCCUACCACGGGGCCAACAGGGGAGUCAGAAGUACGGUCCUUCUCAGUAACAUCAUCGCGCCGCCAAACCUGAAGGAAACAAACAUCACAACAUUUGACAUCUUGAUGAACAACGUCUCCGUUCCUGAACAGGACACAGUAUACUGGUGCCGUGUGUUCCAGUUGCCGGAGUUGGCUAGCAAACACCACAUGAUAAAGUACGAACCCAUCACCACCCCUGGUAACGAAGGCGUGGUUCAUCAUCUGCUGAUCUACACCUGUCCGGCAGAUCAAAGCGUCACUUUUCUGCCAGAGGAACAUCCGGGACAUCGGUGCCGCUCUCCCAACAUGCCUCGGGACUGGUGGCCAUGUUAUGGCGGGAGCCUUAUGGCGGCAUGGGCGAUUGGUUCAGAGGGCAUUGUGUAUCCUGAGCACGUUGGGUUCCCCGUCGGAGGCGCAGACGACAGCCGCUAUGUACUGGUAGAGAUGCACUACGACAACCCUCACCUGGCAUCAGGAAUCCGUGACAGUUCGGGGUUGAGACUGACGCUCACUCCUGAGCUGAGGGACAACGACCUCAGCAUCCUGGAGGUCGGCAUGAUGGUGACCAAACUCCACGUGGUCCCGCCUCGCGCCGAGGGGUUCGUGUCCGCCGGAUUCUGCAACACAAAUUGUUUGAACGCGUUCCUGGAAGAGCUGGGAGAGCCCAUCCACAUCAUUGGCCUUGAACUUCACUCCCAUCUACUUGGGUCGAAGAUGAGCACCAGGGUGAUCCACGACGGCACGGAGACUGAGAUCGCACGGGACGACAACUACGACUUCAACCUGCAGUUCUUCAGGAUGCUGAAACAGGAAGUCACCGUCUAUCCGGGUGAUACCCUGAUUACCGAAUGUACUUACCGCAGCACGCAAAAGGACGAGGUUACAUAUGGUGGACUUGGAACAACAGAUGAAAUGUGCAAGACCUUCUUCCUGUACUACCCGAGGUUCAACCUGACCUUCUGUGACAGUCUGCCGAAUUUAGCUGGCACGGUUAGAUUCGCUGGGGUGGAGAACUUCGAGUUUACUGGCGGCCAACGCGGUGAUCGUGAGAUUGUCAUCAAGGCACCAGAGCCCCUGGUCAACAAGUCGUUUGAGGAGGUGAUGGAGGCUGUGCCGUGGACUGACGAGAAAACACGAGACUUCUCCAAGUCUCUUCUGGACGGCCCACUGCCCUUCCACACCAACUGUAGGGCCACCUACCAGACUGCCGUCAACACGGCCGCAUUGGGCACUCAGUCUGUCCCCUUCCCGCGUGGAAAGAGGACCGCCCCCAAUGACAUCUGUAGCGGGAGGACACCAGCCGGACAGGCCACUACCCGCGUACCGGCGGUGGGGACGGGCCCUGGGCAGGCAACAACCCGUGCGCCUGUGGUCGGGGAUGGCUCCGGCGCAUCGCGUUCCGGUCUGCCUGCAUUGACAGCCAUCGUCUGCAUGGCGGCGCUUGCCCUCAUCACCGUGUGGAAACCGUAACACAACUUCUUUUUGUAGCGGAUCGCUGAUUGGCCCUGGGGCCAAUAAUGACCCAGUAAUCAGACACUGCCGACAAGUGUAUUAUGAUCCGAAAAAGGCACGAGAGAGCCUGCUAUGCAGGCUACAUACUUGUCUCGAUUGGUAGUGACAAAUAUUUUCAAUCAUUUUCCAUGGAAAGUUCCUAUUUGGUACGUAACGGUGUAAAUAUGGAAAAGGAAUGAUCACGUUUUGAGGUUUUAAGUUAAUGAGCUUUAAUAAUUUAUACAGUGGGUGUUUCCUUUAUCUAAUGUUACACACAGCACCAUCAAUAGACCCAUUUCCUGUGCUGGCGGCCAUUUUGAAGAGUCAUGCAUUGUUUGUGGCCUUGCAUGAAAAUCACUCGGUUCUUAUCUACAAAUGUUUUUUUUAAGUACAAUACAAUUGUUUGUUAAAGGUAUUUUGAUGGUUGUUUUAUUCUUUACUGGAACAUUAUUGUGUUGCUGUAUGAUAUGAUGCAUACGUAAGUCUAAUGUAAAAGUUAUAUGGAAUAUACUUUGCAUCGUUGCGCUAAUGUUGUACAGAGAUAC